AUGAAGGCGAUCGCUCCUUCGCCAUUCGCGCUCAAUCUCAUGGGACAGACAAAACUGAACCCAUCAUAUGGCGUCGCCUCUGUUGUCAGCCGCUUCUCUCCCGCGCCCACGCUCUGUCUCUUUCCCCAUCAACGUCGUUCGCUACCUCCAGGCGCAGGCGGCCAACCUGCUCCUCUAUGCGCGCCGCUACCCUGCCCUCAUUUCGGUCUCGCUGCCUGCCUGUGA